AUGUUCAAAUUGACUGCCUUGGUAUUCGCUGCUCUUUUCGCUAUUGUUGCUGCCCGUCCCAGCCACUUGGUUUCUUCUCCUGUGGUCUACUCUUCCCACUAUGCUCAACCUAUUGUAAGAUCCCAUUACUCUGUACCUGUGGUCAAGACUGUUGUGGCCCCUGUAGUCCAUGCUCCCGUAGUACAUCAUUCCGUUGUCCACUCUGCACCAGUGGUUCACUCUGCACCUUUGGUUCACUCUGCACCUGUGGUUCGCUCUGCUCUCUCCACUCACUUCGUUCACUCUUCUCCCUUAGUGCACUCUACUCAUUUAGUGCACUCUGCUCCUUUAGUACACUCCGCUCCCUUGGUGCACUCUGCUCCUUUAGUACACUCUGAUUCUUUGUACCAUUCCUACGGUGCUGUUCCAGUAGUCAAGAGCUACGCUUCUGCUUAUGGUGGCUUUAAAAACUAA